ACUGACGAAAUAUAUAAAACUGAUUCUCAUCAAUUAGAAGCAAUAAACAAUAUUUUGGUUUUUUACGUCAAUGGAAUCAUGAUCAAUGACAGUAAAAUUGAACCCGAAUGGACAUUAAUUUAUUAUUUGCGAACUAAAUUAGGAUUAACCGGCACAAAACAAGGAUGUUCGGAAGGCGGCUGUGGAGCUUGCACAGUCAUGGUAUCAAAAUAUGAUCGAGAACAUAAUAAGAUAAUUAAUUUGGCAGUAAAUGCAUGCUUAAUGCCGAUAUGCGCAGUUCAUGGUAUGGCCGUUACUACCAUAGAAGGUAUUGGUAGUACCAGAACAAAACUUCACUCCAUACAAGAGCGAAUAGCAAAAUCACACGGUUCGCAAUGUGGUUUCUGUACUCCUGGUAUCGUUAUGUCAAUGUAUGCAUUAUUAAGAAGUAAAUCAGAUCUUAAUAUGAAUGACAUAAAUAUCGCAUUUCAAGGUAAUUUAUGCAGAUGUACUGGAUAUCGACCUAUUAUAGAAGGAUUGCGAACUUUUAUCGAUGAUUCACAACAAAAUAAUACAACGGAAGAAUUAAAUUGUAAAGAAUCAAAAGUUUGUUUUCUUGGCGAUGCUUGUUGUAAAAUGGCUUUUACAUCAGUGCCAACUGAAAUGCUAAGCUCCAAAAAAUACAUUCCAUAUGAUCCUUCACAGGAACCAAUUUUUCCUCCGCAUUUACAAUUAUCAUCAACUUUGGACAAUGAAUAUUUGAUUAUAAAAGGAAAACAGACUAAUUGGUUUAGGCCAAUAAAUUUAAAACAGCUUCUACUAUUGAAAAAUAGAUAUCCAAAUGGAAAAAUUGUAGUUGGUAAUACAGAAGUAGGCGUUGAAGUAAAAGUAAAACAUCUUACGUAUCCUAUACUUAUUCAUCCCAUUCGUAUUCAUGAAUUAAAAAAAAUAGAAGAAACGGUUAAUGUCAUUAUAAUUGGAGCUGGUACAACACUGGUUGAGUUAGAAUCGGCACUUCGACAUCAAAUACUUAUGAAGCAUGAAUCAAAGACCAGAAUUUUUCAAAGUAUCGUGAAUUUAUUACACUGCUUUGCUGGGAUUCAAAUACGAAAUGUUGCGUCAAUAGGUGGAAACAUAAUGACCGGAAGUCCGAUUUCUGACUUAAAUCCUAUAUUCUUGGCUGCAGGUGUGAAAUUAAAUUUAUGUAGCAUUAACUCUGGAUAUAGAACAGUUCAAAUGGAUCAUACCUUUUUUACCGAUUAUAGAAGUAAUAUAGUACGACCCGAUGAAGUAUUAAUAUCAAUUGAAAUACCUUAUAGUACUCAGAAUCAAUAUUUCAUAUCUUAUAAACAAUCUAAAAGACGAGAUGAUGAUAUAACAAUUGUGAACAUGGCGUUGAAUGUUUUUAUGAAAGAAAAUUCUAACAUUGUGGAAAAAGCAUAUUUGGCUUUUGGUGGGAUGGCGCCCAUUACUGUAUUAGCAAAAAAAACCUGCGAAGCUUUAAUUAAUAAAAAGUGGACGGAAAGUCUUUUGGAUAAUAUCGUCGAUAUCCUUAUUGAAGAAAUGCCUCUUCCUGGAGAUGCACCUGGUGGUAUGGUAUUGUAUCGACGUUCAUUAACUGUCAGCUUAUUCUUCAAAGCUUAUGUGCAUAUAUUAAGGCAAUUAUAUAAGAAUGUACCAUCUGUAACAUCGGUGCCGAAAGAGUUAAAAUCCGCAUCUGAUUGUUUUCAUUACAAACCUCCCAAGGGCUCUCAGUAUUAUCAAACGGUAUCUGAAGAUCAGUCAUCAAUUGAUUUGAUUGGAAGACCGUUGAUUCAUGCCAGUGCAUUUAAACAAGCAAGUGGAGAAGCUAUUUACUGUGAUGAUAUUGCGCGUUUCGAAGGCGAACUUUAUUUAGCAUUUAUAAUGUCAAAAAGUGCCCAUGCAAGAAUCAUUAAAAUUGAUAAAGAAAAAGCUAUGGAUUUAGAAGGCAUUGUGGCUUAUUUUGAUGCUAAUGAUAUUCCCAAAAAUCGUCGAUAUUUUGGUCCAAUUUAUAAAGAUGAAGAGAUUUUUGCAUCGGAAAUUGUAAGUUGUCAUGGUCAAAUAAUUGCAGCUAUUGUAGCCACAAAUCAAAUCAUUGCCCAAAAAGCUGCAAGAAUGGUAAAUGUUGAAUACGAAGAACUUCAGCCUGUAAUUUUAACUAUCGAGGAUGCCAUUAGAAUGAACUCAUUUUAUCAAGAAGGCUACAAGCAUUUCGAUGUAGGCAAUGUCGAUGAAACAUUUAUUGAAUCGGAUCAUAUUUUAGAAGGGGAAAUAAGAAUAGGUGGGCAAGAACAUUUUUAUUUAGAAACACAGUGUACCAUUGCAAUACCAAAAGAAGAGAAUGAAAUAGAAAUUUUCUCAGCAACGCAAGAUCCUGCAAUAACACAAUCAACUGUCGCUCAUAUGCUCAAUAUUCCUAUGAAUAAAAUUACCGUACGAGUUAAGAGAUUAGGUGGUGCCUUUGGUGGCAAGGAAACGCGAAGUUUGCUCGUCACAUUGCCAGUUGCAUUGGCUGCACAUAGUUUGCAUAAGCCUGUAAGAUGCACGUUGGACCGAGAUGAAGAUAUGCUGCUAACUGGAACGAGACAUCCUUUUUUAUUUAAGUAUAAAGUAGGCUUUACCGGCGAUGGUAUUAUUAAAGUAAUUGAAAUUCAUAUUUAUGCUAAUGGAGGCAAUUCUUUGGAUUUAUCCGUACCAGCUAUGUUCCGUGCUAUGACUCACAUAGAGAAUGCGUAUAAAAUACCAGCUCUUAGAAUUUUUGAAUAUUUAUGUAAAACCAAUUUACCUUCAAAUACUGCUUUUCGUGGUUUCGGCGCACCUCAAGCAAUGUUUGCUAGUGAAACUAUAAUUCGACAUAUCGCAGAUUAUCUUAAUCGAGAUAUUAUAAAGCUAUCUGAAGUGAAUUUAUGUAAAGAAGGUCAAAUAACAUUUUAUAAUCAAAAACUCGAAAAUUGCUCAAUACAACGCUGUUGGAACGAAUGUCUUGAAUUUUCCAAUUAUAAUCAGAGAUUGGAAUAUAUUAAAAUAUAUAAUAAGGAACACAAAUAUAAAAAAAAAGGAUUGUCAGUAGUACCAACAAAAUUUGGAAUAGCUUUUGAAACACUUUUUCUCAAUCAAGGCGGAGCCCUUGUUCAUGUUUAUGUAGAUGGUUCGGUUCUAUUAACACACGGUGGAGUGGAAAUGGGACAAGGAAUUCAUACUAAAAUGAUUCAGGUGGCCAGUAGAGUGCUAAAAGUAAAUCCAAAUAAAAUACACGUAAGCGAGACGGUUACGGAUAAAGUCCCAAAUGCAACUGCAACUGCUGGAAGUACCGGAUCUGACUUGAAUGGAAUGGCUAUAUUGAAUGCUUGCAACGAAAUAAUGAAACGAAUUAAAUAUAUAAUAGAUUCUAAUCCAAAUGGAACAUGGGAAAGUUGGGUGGAAAAAGCAUAUUAUGAUAGAAUUAGUCUUUCUGCAACAGGAUUUUAUCGCACACCAGAUAUAGGAUAUGAUUUUGAAAAGAAUACUGGCACUCUAUUCGAUUAUUUUACAUACGGAGCUGCUUGUAGUGAAGUAGAAAUCGAUUGUUUGACGGGCGAUCAUCAGGUUUUACGAACUGAUAUUGUUAUAGAUUUAGGAGAAAGUUUAAAUCCAGCUAUUGAUAUUGGACAAGUAGAGGGUGCAUUUAUGCAAGGCUAUGGACUUUUUACAAUGGAAGAAAUGAUAUAUUCAUCUACAGGAGUAAUUUAUAGUCGUGGUCCCGGAGCUUAUAAAAUUCCUGGAUUUGCGGAUAUUCCUCAAGAAUUUAAUGUUUCAUUAUUAAAAGGAGUUUCUAAUCCUAGAGCAGUGUAUUCUUCGAAGGCUGUAGGAGAACCACCAUUAUUUUUAGCAUCUUCUGUUUUUUUCGCAAUCAAAGAAGCUAUUAAAGCAUCUCGAGCUGAAAUGAAUAUUCAUGGAUAUUUUAGAUUAGAUUCACCAGCAACUGCUGCUCGUAUAAGGAUGGCCUGUAUCGAUCCACUUAUAAAAAAGAUUGAAAACGGAGAUGGAAAAAAAGCUUGGAAUAUAAUCCCAUGA